CGGGUCCCGGUUUUGAUAUCGAAAAGAAGAAAAAAAAAAAAAGCCCAUAUAAAGACAUCAAUCUUCAUUUGCUCUCGAUCUCACAUCAAUCCCUCAGAAUCUUUCAAAUAAAUACCAGAAAACACAAGAUGGAAGAUCCAGUCUCCGAGAUCCCCACGGUGAUCCAGCACCUCACGCAAUCACCUCCGGCGCAACAAGCCCAAACCAUCGAGAAAUACUUCACCCCAGAUGCCUCCUUCGUCCACCCUUUCUGCCGAAUCCAGCAUUUCCGAGGCAGCCGCUGGGUGGUGCAAAAGAUCUACCAGUGGUAUAAAGUGAUGUCGCCGCGCAUUGAGAUGAAGAUUCAUUCUAUUGCAUAUGAUUCCGACAACAAAAAGCUCUACGUGACCAUGUCCCAGGUCUUCACGAUCUGGAUUGUUCCAUUUCAUGUUGCGCCUGUGACGCUGACGACUGUGUUAUCGUUGACUACUAAUCCGAAUGGUUACUUAUCUUCUUCCCAAUCUACAACGGCGUCCUCUGAAAAAUCACACGAACCAAAAGAAGAAGAAGGAGGAGGAGGAGGAGUAAGCUACGCCGACGUCGUGGCCAACGGCAACCCAGAUCACAAAACGCCCCUAACCGCUCACACCAACGGCCACCACAAACUCUACUACAUCACCAAACAAGAGGAUCUCUAUCAAACCUCGGAAUUUAUCAAGUUUGUCCUCCCGCAUAUCGGGCACUGGAUUGUAUUGGCCAUACAUGCGUUCGCGACGGUGUUCUGUGUGCUGGGGGUUUUUCUGUGGUGGCCCUUUGUGUGGAUGGAGGAGAAAGGGUGGAUCCCUGGAAUGGUUUUGAAGGGUGGAAAUAUUGCUUAUGAUAUUGGGUGGAAGAAAAGAGCGAUCGGGUCUGGGUCUGGGUCUGGGUCUGGGUCGUCUUCUUAGGUUGUUUGACAAGGAGGGGUGGGGGCUUGUGUAUUUGGGGCUUAGGCUUGGGAUGUCUAUGUAUAUAACUACAUCAUCUAACUGUAUAUUGAUAGAUUGAACGGUGUUC